GGGGGGGGUUCUAGUGUUUGUUUGGAUGUAGCUGGGGAGCAUAUAAAUAGAAGGUUGGUGGGCGUUUCAGGUGGGUUACUGAUGGUGUCUGGGGUUGCUUGGGUUCGGGGAUGUAGCUGGUUUAGGGUAUGAUCAUUCUUUCUGAGCUGUUGUAGCUAAGGGGAGGGGGGGGUAUGGAGUAUGGGGUGUGGGUGUGGUGGAUGUCGAAUUGAGGUCGAGGUUCGGAGUUGUGUUGUACAUGAUAGAUAUUGCGCAGUGUCAACGUAAGUCUCAGCGGAGUAUAUAUGCAUGCUUGGUCCUGUACAACGACAGGGUAAUACGACAUUUUCCAACAUUCUCAGAUCGGACAGGGCGUCCAAUCAGAUCCCAUCGAUUUUCCCAGGAUUAUGCAGGUCUACCCGAUCGCAUUCUCGAAGAGCGAACGAGACGAGCGACGUCCUGGACGAGGCCUCAGGAAUCGUGUCCUGGAUGGACUGUGGAGCAUAGCUGUAAGGGGGACCACUUGGCUGAACUCGGCUCUCUCCCCCCUUUGUUGACCGGUCUGGAUGGCACGACUGUGCUGCCUCUCCAAUUGGUCCGUUUCGCGUUUCAGACUCACUAUGAGGGGAAGGAGCCUGUUUUAGGCCUCCCAUUUUUUCCAACCGUGAAAAAGUGGAGGAUCCUGUGUACAUUGUCCCCUCUAUGUCACAAACGGUCGGUAUCAGAUCGUUAGUGGGGAGUGUUCGGAUGCCCUGACCGAGACGCGAUACCCGUCGUUGCGUAUAGAUUAAACCGGAGCAGAUAGAUUGCAGACCCAGAGGUUCGUCACGGACAUCGUUCCUUGGACGACUUUCAUCCUUGCUUCGGGGAAUAUGCGCUGUGUUUGUUGGCGC